AUGCGCAACUCAGCACCAACCACGUAUCUAGGCGAUCCAGCAGCUUCGCAAAUGCAGCGACUCGGUGGUGAUGGCAGCAACUCCUCCUCGCCUGGCCUGAGACAACCUCGAGCGAGCAGCCGCGCGGAAAUGCUGAUUCCGGCAACGAGACGUCGUCAAAGACUGAACGCUCCCCUUCCGACCGCGAGGGAGACCAGCAGCACGCCACGAGUUGUCGCCAGUUCCGCCUUAGGGGCAUUGAGAAUCGCAGCGGCACAGCCCUUGAUGUUCUACACGGCGCUCUGA